AUGCGCUAUUACUCAUUUCUAGCAUUCACAUUGGUGAAUGUUGCAGUGGCCGAAGAGGUCCCGAAUAAGACUGGCAGAGGGUCGGUUGAGACAUCUCACAUGAUGGAUUCGACUAUUCCCGCAAUCACGGCACCCCCCCACAGCAACGCUGAGCGUGACUUUGAUAGCUUGCUCUCGUCCUUAGAAUUGCUUGCGAGCAAAGCAAGUGGGAAGGGCAGCAGCUUGUUGGAUCAUGGUGAAACGCUAAUCCAGGACAAGGCGUCCGCCAUCAGCACAGCUUUCGAUGGAUCAGAGACAUGGAUCUCCGACAAGAUUGGGGAAGUGAAUUCUCGAGUACUGAGUGCCAUCAAAGAGGUUGCAACACAACUGAAUGAAGGCAGCGAUAACAGUGACGCCAGAGGUAGUAGCGCGGCUAGUGCUGGUGUAGAUGUCCAGCGAAGCGUCGCUGCGGCUGCGGCGGUUUUGGGAGCCAUCUUUAUUGGCUUUGUGGCCGCUUGA